AUGGUUUAAAUAUGGCGGCCCCCUCUGGAAAGAUGGUUCGUGCAUCGGACGACUCGAGUAGCAGUGACAACGAAGAACUUAAAAGAUGUCAGGAAGCAGUUUGGGAGAUACAAAAAAAUAACAAUAAAGAUGGGGACAGCAAUGCUAAAGGCUCCAAACGUGUUGUUGUUGCUGACCAUGAACAUGAUGGCAACGAGCUCCAGGUCACCAAGGAGUUUAGAACACAUGUUGCUAAAAAGUUAGGACAUCUUCUCGACAGAUCCAUUUCAGUGAUGCAGCCUGACACCUCAUCCCGUCUCACAUCUGCAAACUGUGAUGACGAUGAAGGGUUUCGUCUGUUUUCCACAUCUGUCCCAGGACAGAAAGCUGAUGAGACUCCAGCCCCUGUGAGGCGUCGGCCUGUUCCCAGCUCAAGUGACAGCGAUAGCGAAAUGGAGACGAGGCUGAAGGAGGCAGCAGUGUCUGUCAGAGAUCUUCUCCCUUCUUCAACAUUUUCCUCUACACAUGCACGUUCCCCAACAGAGCCCCCCAGUGUGGAAAGAACAGAGGAAAAGAUGGUGUCAGAGGAAGAAGAGGCUGUCUCUGUCAAGAAGAAGAAGAAAAAGAGGAAAAGGAAUCGAGAUGGGACUGAGAAGGGGGACUCUGCCGGUUUUGCUCCCAGUCCAAACAAUGGUGAGAACGGGAACUUGGAGCAGACAGACAUUAAAGUCAAAAGGAAAAAGAAAAAGAAGCGAGAUGGAAACAAAGAGGAAGCAUUGAACUGA